AUGGCUACCAAGCGCCUUGCCAGGCAGCUGGGACUGGCUCGGAGCAGUGCGCGGGGGCGGAGCAGCGCGCAGGCGGCGGCAGAGCAACGCUUCGGCUUCCUGAUCGUGCUGGACUUCGAGGCAACGUGCUGGCGGGACCCGGGGCGGCGCAGCCCCGAGAUCAUUGAAUUCCCAGCAGUCCUGUUAAACACUUCUACAGGAGACAUUGAAUCUGAGUUCCACACCUACGUCCAGCCCCAGGAGCAUCCCCUUCUGUCUGAUUUUUGUACAGAACUAACAGGCAUUACCCAGGAUCAGGUUGAUGAAGGGGUCCCCCUAAACAUUUGCUUAUCACAGUUUUUGAAAUGGAUUGAAAAGAUACAAAAGGAGAAGAAAAUCAUAUUCAGCAGAGACACUCUAAGCAACUCUAACUCUGAAGCAAAAGCAUGCACCUUUGUUACUUGGACGGACUGGGACCUGGGUGUGUGUUUGCAGUAUGAAUGUAAAAGGAAGCAGCUGCGAAAACCUGCCAUUUUCAAUUCCUGGAUUGAUCUCAAAGCAACGUACAGGGCCUUCUAUAACAGACAGCCCAAAGGGCUAAAUGGUGCUCUGCAGGAUUUGGGGCUAGCUUUUGCAGGACGGGAGCAUUCUGGGUUGGAUGAUUCCCGGAAUACUGCCCGGCUUGCUUGGAGGCUGAUUUGUGAUGGAUGCGUGCUGAAGGUUACUAAAUCUUUGGAUAAGGCACAUCUGAAGAAUAAUACAAUUUCCAGAACACUGACUACAAACUUCUCUGACAAGACUCCACUGGGAAGAAACAGCAGACCUGAAACAGCUAGAGAUGGAGCUUGUGAAACAAGCUCCCUGGCUGAGAAAAAGCAGAACGGUGUUGCCGGAAUUAAGCUAAAUUCUAAUGUACAAACUGAAGAACAUCAUCAGACCGCUUGCCCUGAUUCAUCUGCAGAUGUCUGUGUUGUACCUAGCAGCAGCUCAAGGACUGAGUUGCAUGCUCAAUCCCAAAGCUCUUCAACAGCAUCUACUGACAGAUUUCCUGUUCCUCUUGAGCAGGCACAGCAAUCUCCCCAUACUGUAUCAGCAGGCAUUUGGCAAGGAUUGAGCAAUCACCAGCCUCUGAGUACAGCUGGAUAUAACCCUCUGGUACCCGGGUCAGGACUAGUGCUCGUCUCCACAACCAUCUCUUCAGUUAAUAUCUCUAAUGAAGAUAUCAGCACUAGUUCUGAUUGCUUAUCUCUGUUGAGUGACUGGGAAGAUGUUGCUUUGAUACCAGAAUCUCAAUGUGAACAAAAUUCAGACUGUAUUCCAUCCAAAGAUGACUCAAGUAGAGAUAUUUCAACAGCAUUUGAAGAGAAAAAAAUCUCAAAACAAUUGGCUUUGCUCAGUUCAGAAAAUCAGAGUUUGGAGAACCCCAUAGUACCUGUGGAACCCCUGAAAUCUAUUGUUUACAAAAGUCCUGAUACUACUAUCUACAAUGUAGGAGCAGUACAAAGGCAGACCUCAACGUUUUCAGCUUUUAAGUUACCACCUGCAAAGGUAAAUGGUACUUCAGCAGCAUCAGCUGGAAAUGAUUCCACUCCAGCAGAGGUCCCUAAAAGAAAGCCAACUAGUCCAAAAACCUUCCCACCAGCAAAGAAACAGUCUUUUGCUAUCUAUGAAGAGAAAAGUACAUCUUUUCACCAUUCCUUACCUUUAAGGAGUUCAAAUUUGCCCCAAGUAUCUCCUGCCAUUCUGAACUCCACAGUCAAUUCAGUUCACUCUGCAAGAGCUGUGAAAAACAGCAAACCAACUCCCCCUCUGUGUAACUGUGGUCGAAGAGCUAAAAGGCUGAAUGUGUCAAAUGCUGGUCCAAACCAUGGCAAAGCCUUUUUUUGUUGUCCUGUUGGCAAGCACAAAGGUAAGAAGAAAGGUUGUGGAUACUUCAAGUGGGAACAUGCACUUCUGAAAGAGAAAUCUGAUGGUCUCAGCCUGAAUGCAGAUGCUGUGACCUCUCUAGGAACUUGCACUAACAAUUCAGGAAACUCUUGCAACAGAAAAUACUUGCCUCUUCGACCCUCUAUGAGAACUUGA